CCGGUGUAAACAGGAAGCAACUCUUUUAUGACCGAAGCAUGAAGCGCGUCGCUCGUCGGGUUUGCGAUGACGGCCCAGUUCCUGAGGAGCAGGAGACGGAGGGACAGAGGCAGCUGCACAACCUGCUGCUCCAACAGCUGGAUACAGAUGUGGACAUCGACCGCUGUGUAGCAAAAAAGAAAUGCUUCGCCCCGGCCGCGCUGUACAAGCCGUUCGGCGAGCAGGCUGCAGGGGUGCGCAGUCUGGCCCAGUUCCAGGCGCUGCAGGAUGGAGAGAAGGAACUGGACAGCCUGAGAGAGCUGGGUCUCACUGACACAGAGAUCCAGCUGUGGAGAAACCGGGAUGAACACGGCGGGAAGAAUCGUGGCGUGAGCGUGGCUCCUGAAGCGCGGAACGAGCGCAUGCAGGUCAUCUGGGAGAAACUGUCGGCGAGGGCGGAGCUUUUGUCCCGUCCCCAGCGAUUCUCGGGCAGCCGAGCUCUCACCCGGAGAGAGAUGGAGAUCGAGAAGGCUCUUUUCCAAGGCAACGACCGCUCCAGCUUCCUGACCUCGCUCUACCACCAAGACGGAGAUUCCCAGAAGGAACAGCAGGGGGCGACCUUUUUCACCCCAAUGGAUACCUUGUACCGGGACUUCCUCAAAGAUCACCAGAAAGACUCCGUCACACACUUAUCCCAGACAGAAUCCCAUCGCGGCGAUACACCACAUCCAGACCCGGAUUCUCAUCGGUCCCGGAAUGCGGUCGAUGAGCAGAACAGAGAAUCGGGAAUAGACAGCGAAUCCGCAACGCAGUCUCAGAGUCAAACUUGUGUUCCGCAGAAACUGACAGUUAAUCAAGCCAUUGGACGCGUGACCUCGUGUAGCGCUCAGUGCCGGAGCGGUCCAGUGACGGCGAGCGGAAAGGUAGAGGAGAUUUCAGACGAGGAGAUCAGGAAGAACCGAGAGACAGAGGAAGGCAUACGGGGAAUUUCACGCUUUCAGAACUAUCAGUGUGGAGACCCAUCAAACGUUCUCUGUGUGAAGAACAUGAGUCCUCGAGCGUCUCUGGCCCAGCUGGUGUCACUUUUCUCCCGGUUUCAGAAGGACGACGCAGAUCCGGUGGUGUAUCGCAUCCUGACAGGAAGGCUGAAGGGCCAAGCCUUUAUCACAUUCUCUGAUAUUGAGACUGCACAAGCAGCUCUGAACACCAUCAAUGGGUACCGGCUGCAGGACAAGCCUCUAGUCAUCGAGUUUGCCCGAGAGAGGAGACACGCAAAGGCUGAGGACUCUUCAGAAACUUACAGCUGGACUGCAGCAGAAAAGGAUCCGAAAAACUGCUCAGAAAAGUGACUUUUUGAGAACAUUGAAUAGUAUUUAUAUAAGGAAUUAAACAUGGUCAUGGUUAAAGUUACUGACA